CCCUCCUAUUGGUCUAACCGUUCUCUAUGCCCUCCCUGUAGUCCCGCGAAGAUCCCUGGGAACGACGUUUCUGGGAGCACGUGAUCUCUUUCCGCGCGGCCUUGGGACCGGCUGGUCGUGCUGCUGGUAAAGACGCCGAGGCCCAAAAGGGUAAAGUGACGUGGCCAAACGCACACAGCUUAUAAGUAGACGGAGCCUGUGAUCCUACAGUCGAGUAAAUUUACCACUUUAUUUCAGGUACAGUGUAACCAUGGCUCGUGGUCCCAAGAAACAUCUGAAGCGUGUAGCAGCUCCAAAGCAUUGGAUGCUGGAUAAGUUAACUGGAGUUUUUGCUCCAAGACCAUCCACAGGUCCCCACAAGCUGAGGGAGUGUCUCCCACUCAUCAUCUUCCUGAGAAACAGACUGAAGUAUGCCCUGACUGGAGAUGAAGUAAAGAAGAUCUGCAUGCAGCGAUUCAUCAAGAUUGAUGGGAAGGUCCGCACCGAUAUUACAUACCCUGCUGGCUUUAUGGAUGUCAUUAGCAUUGAGAAGACGGGUGAACAUUUCCGUCUGGUAUAUGACACAAAGGGACGCUUUGCUGUUCAUCGUAUUACGGCUGAGGAGGCUAAAUAUAAAUUGUGCAAAGUGAGAAAAAUCUUUGUGGGUACAAAGGGUAUUCCCCAUCUGGUGACCCAUGAUGCCCGUACUAUCCGUUACCCAGAUCCUCUCAUUAAAGUGAAUGAUACAGUUCAGAUUGAUUUAGAAGCUGGCAAGAUCACUGAUUUUAUCAAGUUUGAUACUGGUAACCUGUGUAUGGUGACCGGUGGAGCUAACUUGGGUCGAAUUGGUGUGAUCACCAACAGGGAGAAACACCCUGGCUCUUUUGAUGUUGUCCAUGUAAAAGAUGCCAAUGGCAAUAGCUUUGCCACUAGGCUCUCAAACAUUUUUGUUAUUGGCAAAGGUAACAAGCCUUGGAUCUCUCUUCCCCGAGGAAAGGGUAUCCGCCUUACCAUUGCUGAAGAAAGAGACAAGAGAUUGGCAGCUAAGCAGAGCAGUGGCUAAAUGCUUGCAUAUAAGAAUUAGUAGGGUGUCAAUCAAAUUGAGAUGUUACAAUUUUUAACAAAAAAUGAUUACCCUACAAAAAUAUAAAAUACACAAAAUAAGAAAUAGGUAGCUUAAGCAACUCAGUCAAGUGAAAUUGAACAGGCCAUAAAUGCCUUUCUCUUCUUUCCUUGGAUUAGGGUACUGUGGGUAUGAAUGUUGAAUAAAAUGUUAGAAGAUGUAACUGUAUUGGUUUUGCUUAACUGCUUUUCUUUGUUACAUGGGACGGCUCACUGAUUGGAGGAUGGGGAGAGGACAUAUCCCAAAAUGGCUGAUGUGAAAACUAAAGAUAUCAAUAAAAUGUCCAGAAAAAA